CUGAGCUCAGGUACGCCGGCUCCUCCCAUCCCGGCCAGUCUGCUGCUGCCAGCAGAUCAUGAGCCGUCAGUAGAGACGGGAUCGCCAGCGCUCAUCACCCACCACGACCACCCGCCAUGGGACAGUGUGGCUCAGCCAACGCAGAGGACGCCCAGGAAUUCAGCGACGUGGAGAGGGCCAUCGAGACUCUCAUCAAGAACUUCCACCAGUACUCGGUGGAGGGCGGGAAGCAGACGCUGACCUCCACUGAGCUCCGGGACCUGGUCACGCAGCAGCUACCCCACCUCAUGCCGAGCAACUGUGGCCUGGAGGAGAAAAUCGCCAGCCUGGGCAGCUGUAAUGACACCAAGCUGGAGUUCGGAAGCUUCUGGGAGCUGAUCGGAGAAGCAGCCAAGAGCGUGAAGAUGGAGAGCCCAGUCAGGGGCAGCUGAGAUUUUGGGGGUCCAGCGGGCAGGGCCUUAGAGGCUGGGCACCUCUCCAAGCUCACUGCCCGGC